CGUUCUCCGGAGAGCUCUGGAUAAAAUCGCCGAGAUUAAAUCGCUGCUGGAGGAGCGGCGCAUUGCGGCAAAAAUCGCCGGGAUUUACAGCGAGGCGGAGCCGCCAAGGAAGACGAUGAGGAGGGGGGUGCUGAUGACGCUGCUGCAGCAGUCGGCCAUGACGCUGCCGCUGUGGAUUGGGAAACCCGGAGAAAAACCCCCUCCCCUGUGCGGGGCCGUCCCGGCCGCCGGCGAUUACGUGGCCAAGCCCGGGGACAAAGUGGCCGCCAGGGUGAAGGCGCUGGAAGGGGACGAGCAGUGGAUCCUGGCCGAGGUGGUCAGCUACAGCCACGCUGCCAACAAGUACGAAGUCGAUGACAUCGAUGAGGAGGGAAAAGAACGCCACACCCUCAGCCGCCGCCGCAUCAUCCCCCUGCCCCAAUGGAAAACCAACCCCGAGACCGAUCCCGAGGCUCUGUUCCACAAGGACCAGCUGGUGCUGGCCCUGUACCCCCAAACCACCUGCUUCUACCGGGCCCUCAUCCACGCCCCGCCCCAGCGCCCCCAGGACGAUUAUUCAGUGCUUUUUGAGGACACCUCCUACGCCGACGGUUACUCCCCACCCCUGAAUGUGGCCCAGCGCUACGUCGUGGCCUGCAAGGAGACCAAAAAAAAGUGAAAUUUUGGGUAAAACGAGCCAAAAUUCAGGAAAAAUGACCCAAAAUUUGAAAAGAGUGGCUUGGAAUUUGGGUUGGGGUAGGGAAUGGGAUUUUUGGGGGGUAAAAAUGGGAUUUAAUGGGGGGGAAAAAAGGAAAAAAAUAUUAUUUUUGUAAUGGGGAAAAUUGGAUUUUUUUGGCAGGAAAUUGGGACUUUUAAGGGUAAAAUAUGAGGACUUUUAGGCGGGAAAAUUGGGAUUUUUUUCGGGGGAAAUGAAAGGUAUUUUCAUAGAGAAAAACAACGGUUUCAUGAAGAAAAAGUUGGGGAUUUUUUGGCAAAAAAAUUGGGAUUUUUAUGAGGAAAACUGGGGAUUUUUUGGGGGAAAUUGCGCUUUAUAAGAUGAAAAAAUGGGUUUUUUAAAUAGAAAGUUUGGGAUUUUUUUUGAGAAUUAAUAAGGAAUUUUCUAGGGAAAAUUUAGAAUUUUUAAGGGGAAUAAUUAGGAAUUCUUAGGGGAAAAAACUGGGAAUUUUUUUUGGCACAUUCAAAAUAUUAUUGGGGGUGAUUUGGGCUUUUUAAGGGUAAAAAUUGGGAAUUUUGGGGGGAAAUGUGGAAAUUUUUUUUGUUAAAAUUAAUAAAAAAGCUAUAAAAUUUGAGGAAAAAUACUGAAAAUUUUUGGGAGUGUUUGAAGGACCCCAAAAAAUAAAAUGGAGGAAAAAAAUUGGAAAAAACAAAGGAAACAGGAAAAGAAGUUUAAAAAAACAGGUAAAAAAUGUGAAUUCCAUCUCUCAAAAUGGCCGCCAAAAGAGGGAGGGGCAAAAGCAAAUUACAUCAUAGGGGUGUGGCCUAACAAAGCCACACCCUCGAAAUAAUAAACAACAAAUUAAUUUUAUUAUUUAAAAAUUUAUUGCGAAUAAAUAAAUUAAAAAUGUUAAAAACUCA